AUGAACACGUGGCAUUCUUCGUUGUCGACGUCGUCGGGGGAAGAAGAGAUGACGGCUUUGGAGAUGGCUCCUCGUCGGAGGGGGCAGAGAGGGACGGAGGCGUCGGUGAUAGGGUUUAGGAGGUAUAAGUCCUGCCGGCCGCGUCUCGGGCCGGGGUGGGUGCGGAGGAUUCACCCGUCUUUUGAUCCCAAGCUGCAGGGACGGGAUUCGAAAUUAUCGUCGGAAAAGGGGGAUCGGUGUUGGUCGUUGCCGUCAUCAUCGUUUGAGGAAGGAGGCGGCGGUUCGAAGGCGGCGGCGGCUAGUUUGUCGACGAAACCGUGGCGGAGGUGGAGUCGGCGGCGGCCACGGAAAAGGGGUGUGUAG